CCGGCGGUGGUUCCCCGCUCAGCCCGGAGCGUUCCUCCCCCGGCUCCGGCUGUUCCCGGCGUGUUCCCGGGCGGCCCCCGCCGCUCUCGCCCCCACCAUGCCGGUGGCGGCCGCCGCCCCCCUGAUCAGCUCCGUGCAGAAGCUGGUGCUGUACGAGACCAGGGCUAGGUAUUUUCUGGUUGGAAGUAAUCCUGCAGAAACCAAAUACCGCGUUUUGAAAAUAGAUCGCACUGAACCAAAGGAUUUGGUUGUGAUUGAUGAUAAGCAUGUUUAUACACAACAAGAGGUGAGGGAACUUCUGGGUCGUUUAGACCUGGGGAACAGAACCAAGAUGGGGCAGAAGGGCUCUUCUGGGUUAUCUCGAGCUGUGUCUGCUUUUGGUAUAGUAGGUUUUGUCAGGUUUUUAGAAGGCUAUUACAUUGUGUUAAUAACAAAAAGAAGAAAAAUGGCAGAUAUUGGAGGUCAUGCAAUAUAUAAAAUAGAAGAUACAAAUAUGAUCUACAUUCCAAAUGACUCUGUAAGAAUCAGUCAUCCUGAUGAGGCCAGGUAUCUGAGAAUCUUUCAAAAUGUGGACCUUUCUAGCAACUUCUAUUUUAGUUACAGCUACGAUCUGUCUCACUCCCUUCAGUAUAAUCUUACUGUCCUGAGAAUGCCACUUGAGAUAUUAAAAACUGAAACUACCCAGACCCGACAAGAGAGUUUUGAUAUAUUUGAAGAUGAAGGACUUUCAACACAGGGCGGAAGUGGUGUAUUUGGGAUUUGCAGUAAGCCUUACGAGAAGUACGUGUGGAACGCCAAGCUUCUGGAAGCAGUCAGAAGUGCUGUUCAUCGUGACUGGCUGCUGUAUAUUAUUCAUGGAUUCUGUGGGCAAUCAAAACUGUUAAUAUAUGGCCGCCCUGUAUAUGUCACUCUGAUAGCCAGAAGAUCAAGCAAAUUUGCUGGAACACGUUUUCUGAAACGAGGAGCAAACUGUGAGGGAGAUGUUGCUAAUGAAGUGGAAACUGAACAAAUACUUUAUGAUGCUUCAGUUAUGUCAUUUUCUGCGGGGAGUUAUUCUUCCUAUGUUCAGGUUCGAGGGUCUGUCCCUCUGUACUGGUCUCAAGAUAUUUCAACUAUGAUGCCUAAACCACCUAUAACACUGGACCAAGCAGAUCCUUAUGCACACGUUGCUGCUCUUCACUUUGACCAAAUGCUUCAGAGAUUUGGCUCUCCCAUUAUUAUAUUGAAUCUUGUGAAGGAACGUGAAAAAAGAAAGCAUGAAAGGAUUCUCAGUGAAGAACUUGUUGCUGCUGUGACAUAUCUCAACCAGUUCUUACCCCCAGAGCAUGCAAUUAUAUAUAUACCCUGGGAUAUGGCCAAAUACACUAAAAGCAAACUUUGCAAUGUCCUUGACAGACUGAAUGUGAUUGCAGAAAGUGUAGUGAAGAAGACUGGAUUUUUUGUAAAUCGACCAGAUUCCUACUGCAGUAUCUUGCGUCCAGAUGAAAAGUGGAAUGAACUGGGAGGUUGUGUUGUUUCCACUGGUCGCUUGCAGACUGGAGUCCUUCGAACCAACUGUGUGGACUGUUUAGAUCGCACUAACACAGCCCAGUUUAUGGUGGGGAAAUGUGCUUUGGCCUACCAGUUGUAUUCAUUGGGACUGAUUGAUAAACCAAAUUUACAAUUUGAUACAGAUGCUGUAAGAUUAUUUGAAGAAUUAUAUGAAGAUCAUGGGGACACACUUUCUCUGCAGUAUGGAGGCUCUCAGCUUGUCCACAGAGUAAAAACCUACAGAAAGAUUGCUCCAUGGACUCAGCAUUCCAAAGAUAUUAUGCAAACACUCUCAAGAUACUACAGUAAUGCUUUCUCAGAUGCAGACAGGCAGGAUUCUAUCAAUCUCUUUCUGGGAGUGUUCAAACCUGCAGAAGGAAAGCCACAUCUCUGGGAACUUCCCACUGAUUUUUAUUUGCAUCACAAGAACUCCCUCAAUCUGUCACAGACCAGGCAAAGCUACACUUACUGGUGGACUACAGGUGUGCUAAAGCAUUUACCUCUUCCUUUUGAUGAAGUGACAUGUGCUGAAAACAGACGCAAGUUGACCGUGAAGAAAUUCCACAAAUAUGAUGAGGAAAUUGAUAUACACAAUGAGUUCUUUAGGCCAUAUGAGUUGAGCAGUUUUGAUGAGACCUUCUGCUUGGCAAUGACCAAUUCUACAAGAGAUUUUAUGCCUAAGAAUGUGGGCAUUGAUCCAAGUCCAUUCACUGUUCGUAAACCUGAUGAAACUGGAAAAUCUGUGUUGGGGAACAAAAAUAAUAGAGAAGAAACUGUGCUGCAGCGCAAAACAGCUGCUAGUGCUCCUCCACCCCCAAGUGAGGAAGCAGUGUCAAGUAGUUCUGAAGAUGAUUCUGGGACAGAUAAAGAAGAUGAAGGUGCAGUUUCUCAACGUUCAACUCCUGUAAAGGUGACUGAUACAGGAGACAAUACAAAAAUCACAGAGAAUGUAGUACAAGCAACAAAAGACGUGUAUGGAGUCAAUCUUUCAGAUAUCCCUACAGAAGAUGAUCUUGCAAUAUAUGAAAGGUUUGUUCAGCUGGGACAGGGUCAGCAUAAACAAGACAAGGCCAGCCAGCAAUUUUGUUCAAAACACCCCUUGGAUAAGGUCAUAAAUUUAAAACCCAUCUCCUCCUUUUCUCAAGACAAUAUUUAUGAAGUCCAGCCUCCAAGAACUGAUAGGAAAUCAAUAGAGAUUUUCCACGCACACAUUCAGGCUGGAAGAGGAAACAUGCAGCCCCUGGGAAGAGAUGACCUCCUCAUGUACAGAGAGUACAUUCGAAACAGAUACAUGUAAAUCCAAGCUGGAUUCUCCUGCCAAAUCCACUGGACUGAUAAGUCACAAAAAUAAUUUUAGAAAGGAAAUCUAGUUUUGUUCUUUUGCAGUAAUGAAUUUGUUACUAACUUUUCUAUUUAUUGUUGUUUACUGUUAUCCAUUUAUUGUAUUGUGCUUUAGGGAGAAAGGUGGGUUAAUGUCUGAUUUAAAAGGUUAUUUAAUAUAUUUUUAGCUGAAAGUGUGUCCUAAGACACUAAGUGAAUAAUCAGAGGACUCAGAGUCACUAGAGAGUAUGUAGCAAUUUGUGGCAAAGAAAAUAUGGCAUCUUUAACUUUUUUAUAUUAAUUUCUUACAUUGUUAUGUUUGCUAAUAAAACUGAAGUGAAUUGUACACAAGAGCAGAAGAGAAGUUUUCUUCCUCUUUCUUGCCUGACACAAAACAGUCUUCUUUUACAGCAGAAUAUUUUCUGAUAUUUCUUGAGGUUUUUAGCAAACUAAGUGCUAGAAUGACUGCUUGCAAUUUUCUGCUUUCUUAAGCAAAAGUGAAAAAUAUGUGACUUAUGUCAAAAUCAAAACUUGCACCAACACCAAUAAACUUUGUAACCCUAAUAUGUGUCAAACUCAAUGUCACUGAUGCUGGUAGCUACAGAAUCUGUGCCACAUGCUGCAGGGUGAGGAUGGCUUGUGACUAAUUAUCACAGGUUUCUAGUACAAGUCUGAGGAGAACCCCAUAAUGACUGCAUCAGCAAAUGAGGGAAUGCUCUUCACAUCACUGGGUUUGGACACCUGGAGAGUGCCAAACUCUCCUGUCAUUUUUCUGUAUGACAUGCAUUAUCCUUUUGAAGCACACCCUUCCCACCCCUGUGUUUGUGCUCCUGUGAGAUGCCUUCAGAUUCAAGCCUGGAGCCUCCAGCGAAAGUGGCUGGAUCAGCUGGGGAGAUCAUGCAAGAGGAAGCAGAAGUUGGUUUAGGCAAGACUGAACAUCAUGUCCUGUGCUGGGUAAGAGGUAAAGAGGCAGCAAAUGUCUAAAUAGGUUCUUUUGGGCUUGUGAGCAAAACAUUUUUCAAGUUAAAAUAAAAAGGAAGGGAGGAAGCCUGCUAUUUGUAAUUGCAAGCUAAAAUUCCCAACACUUUGUGGCCCUUUGCCUUGAAGACUCAAGCAGCAUUCUUAACAGAACAUUUUGUUCCACAGGCUUGUGCAGACCAUGUUUCAGAAUUUUCUGGAAUAGCAGAAUAACUACUUUAGGGAUGCAGCCAACUGCAUGUAACAGAUGUAGAGAACAUGUUUGUGUUCACAGUAAAUUGCCUUUCAGGCAACUACUGUAGAAUUGUGGCUGCUCACUGCAAGCAUGUUUGCAUAUCUUUGAAUAUUUUAUGCAGUGAGUUGCACCUCUGUCAGUAACUCAAUACAAGAAAAGAUGCAGUGGGUAAAGGGAAAAAAGGUUUCUUGUGAUACAAGUUUGUGUGUCUCAGGGAAGGACUUGUCAAUGAGAGCAUGGUACCUUGAGUUACCAAAGCAUUUUAGUGUCCAUUCUGUUUUGUUAAUUGUUUUGAGCCAAAUAGUUGUAUUUUAGGAGAUGCAAGAAUGAAUUGUCACUUUAGAUAAUACUUCAUUACAAUUGUCAAUGUUUUUUCCUCUGGAAAAAUAAAAUAUACUGAAUUCUUUUGCCCAGUAUGAAAAUAAUUAGAAGCAAUAAAUGCUUGCUUUGAAAAAAAGUACAGCUGGAGUUCAUGUCUUAGUGAGACAAGCACACACUUUCCUUACUGCACUUAAACUGUUGCAAAGAAUGGUUUCUAGACUAUCACAGACCUUACUUUUGUUGUUGAUAGAUACUGGUAAUGCAUAAAAGUUACCCUUGAAAGUGCACCACUUAC